GUUUGUACUAUUGUUCAUAAUCAGUUAUAACGUAUUUUGUCUGUCUUUUCUGGUCUGUUUCACCAAUUGUAUGGGGCUGCUUUGUUUUUGCAAUACAGUUAUUAUACACUUUUGUCAUUGUUUCUUUCUUUUUUGCUAUAAUUUAUAAUCACUAAAGUGUUACCACGUUUUCAAGUUCAACUCAUUUUGAUUAGCUUUACUGUCAAAAAAACGUUCAGAUGUGUUGUGGAUACGAACCCACAACCGUUUCAGUUUUUUAGAGUGUUAGCAGAGGACGCAAGGCUCGGUUAUCUAAAUCGUGGGUUGUAUAGUUAUUUCCUUUACUAUAUUAGUUUGGAAACUACAGAAACCCAACUGAUUCCAGUUCUCUAAUGUAACAGAUGCUAUUUUCAACUAGACUCUCACUAACAAAACCACUUCAAAAUGCAUGCUUUCUUCCUUUUUGUUGGCUAAAAAAAAAAAAAAAAAAAGCUAUAUUCCUGUCCUGGAAAUACUCCAAGCCACCUGAUUUACAACUGUGGAACAAUUUAUUGUUAAAUAAUAUUAACAUAGAAACUAUAUUGUAUUCUUUAAAAAACAAAAAUCUAGUAUAAUGCAUCAAUUUAUCUUACUAACAUACUGACAUUUAUGAAUAACUCCUGUUACUAUCUUCUUACUAUAUUAUAUUAACGCUAUAUUGCUAUGAAUUGUAAUGAGUUCAAGUUAAAGGUAUACUGUAUUGUAUUGUGAAAGCCUAUUAAGAAAUAUGGCAAACCAUGAUAAACUAUGGACAACUAAUACACAGUAUAACCAUGGAAAAAACAUGAGAAAACAAAAUGACUGUGCAAAUGUAAUGUAUUCACUUUUAUUAGGACAACAGCUGUAGAAAUGAAACAACACAGGGUUUGUAGUUAAGAUGAAUACACUGUGCAAGCCAAAGAUUUUAUUGCGUUGUACCUUGUUAGAAAAAAAAGCUCUGGAAUCUGUAGUGGGUUAUAGGCGUCUUAUAAAUGCAACCCAAAAAUAACAGUAUCUUAAAAUGUUGUGCAGGAUUGUUGUGAAUAAAUUCGGGUGCAGUUUGUUAGUUAUUUAUCUGGCAGACGCCUUUAUCCAAGGCAACAUACAGGUGUUACAGGGCAGUACAGGGUUACAAUGCAAGAUGAAUAUUUAAAUACAGUGUAGUUUACAGUAAGUGCAAUAAUUGUACUUGAAUACAAUAUGAACUAGGAUGCAACAAGUUAGGAUUACAGCAAGAUAUAUCUACAAUGGCAUAUCAGUAGUGUAAUAAUGGAAGUUUGCACUACUACGCUACUAAUGUUUAAUUGUAGAUAUAGUUUGUAUUAUGUUAAACAGUUUAUUUAUGGUCACAAAUAUAAUAAUGUCACCCCAAAUGUAAAUUUUAGUGAAGCUGCAUGGAUAUAGACUUGCAUGCAAAGGCUUUGUUACAAAAAAAUAAGGGUGUACAAAUAUUCAUUAUUCAUACCGCCCUCUGAUGGUGACAACAUGACACGACUUCAGAAUCAGCAAGCUGCUUUACUUUUGUGGAUGCUGCAUGCUGUUGACUUCUCAGUUACUGCGUGCUGCCUUCUGCUCAGUGCUGUGUGGCUUGCUCUGCAGCGUGAGAUAUAUCCGUUAGAGGCUGACACACAUGCUGUGGGACAGAGAUAAGGGAUUCCCACGAAGCAGAGAGAGUACUAGCUGUCAACACCCACUCACACAUCACUGGCUAUAGCAACACCCAGCCAUGAACACACGUUAACUGCAUCUCUGCUCGUUGGAAUCUGCUAUACAGACAAUCCAGUCACAAUAGAGGGAAAGCCAGCGUUCUGAUUGAGUUGAAAGUGAUAUUAUAUUGCUGCACUUGUGUCUCCAUGCCUGAGCGAUGGGUCUCUCUCUGGCUGUGCACACACUCUUUCUGUGCUCCCUAAUGAUCCACGGCUCCUGGGCUUUCUUUCCUAACUUCUGGUCCAAGAUUAUGUCUCUAGCCUGGAAUUCACACACCCAUCAGAGCAUCACAGAGGAAGCCCUUCUCCUGAUCACCAGGGAUCUCUUUCAAGAAACCCCCAAUCUCCAAGGACGUACUCUUGAUCCACAGCUAUUCCAGGGCAGCUUCACAGCCAGUGAGCUCUUCAAAGCUUACUAUGGCAGUCAAGAGACAGUGUCUACAAAGCAGUACCAGCAGGCCGUGAGUGAGAUUGUCCAGGCCAACGCAGCCAUGGACUUCCUGAGCUCCACACGCAGCGACCCGCAGCUGCACUUCGACUCGGAGAGGCUGAAAGAGGCCAGUGCCAUGCUGCAGAGCAUCCGGCACCUGGCAGUGCAGUCACUCCAGGCUGGGGAUGAGAGCGGGGCCCGGCAUAGACUGGGCUCCCUGCUGCACUCUCUACAGGAUUUUUACAGCCACAGUAACUGGGUGGAAAUGGGGUACAGAAAGAUCCACUCCACUCUUCUGGGAAACGCAGAGGAAAUUGGUCCAGUCGCGCCAGAGAACAUGCAGACCUGCAGAGACUGUGAUCACUGGACCUGCAACGACAACAUUCUGGAGAAAAUCAACAAGAAGAAACUUCUGACCUCUGGUUACUAUAACAACGACCCCCCAAAACCACCAGGUAAAUGCAGUCACGGGGGGCUGUUUGACCAGAGCCGAUAUCAAAGUGCAAGGGGCGGGAUCAACAAGGACAGCACCUCCCUCUUGUUCUCGCCGCAUCACUAUCUCCAUGACGAAGCUGCCCACCUCGCUACCAUGGCGACUGUCAGUGUGCUGCAAGAUCUGCGGGACACUGUGGGAACCCAGGCCUUCUUAAGGCUGUUGAACGUGGGUGCGGAGACAGUGCUCAGCUUUGUGAUCGACACCACCGGCAGUAUGUUUGAUGAGAUCAGUGCGGCGCGAGAGAGAGCUUACUCAAUCAUCCUGGAAAGACGAGGAACGAUCCAUCAGCCUUCCCAGUAUGUGCUGGUCCCUUUCCAUGACCCAGGUGUGGGGCCGCUGUACAGAACCACAGACCCAGACCAGUUCAUAGACCUCCUGGGGAGCUUGAGUGCGCUAGGAGGAGGAGACGAGCCCGAGAUGUGCCUUACAGCACUACAGCUUGCGUUAGUGAACACCCCACCUCUCUCUGAAAUUUUUGUCUUCACUGAUGCCUCUCCCAAAGACAAACAUCUCCAAAAUGCAGUGGAAGCUCUCAUACUGCACAAAAGAUCCAAGGUGACCUUCCUGCUCACUGAGGACCCCAGCAGGACUGGAGGAGUGAAAACAGGCACAGGGAGGAAAAGGAGGGAGUCUCUCUCUCCUGAUCGGUUCUCAAUCUACACCAAUUUGUCUGCCAUCUCAGGAGGCCUGACUGUCUUCAGUACGGAUAAGGAGAUACAAGACGUCUCCGUCCUCAUUCAGGACAAUACUGUCUCCGCUGGGGUAACUCUGCUUCAUAUUGAGAAAGAUUCCCCCAGUCUUGCAUCUUCCUAUAUCUUCUAUGUUGAUCCUGCAGUGAAGAACAUCAUCAUUCAUAUUUCAGGGGAGUUGAUGGAUUUCACGAUCUACGACCCUUCAGGUGAAUCCCAGUACCUGUUCAACAAGCGUGGGGAUUUAGCAGUGAUUGAGUGCUUUGUGGGGUUUUGUAGAGUCAGCCUUCUGUCACCAACCCCCGGCGAGUGGAGGAUAAAGAUCGUGAAUCGGGGCACUAUCAGGGUGAAUGUCUUAGGCCAAAGCACCAUUGACUUCCUGUACCACUUUGCAGUACCAGCCAAUGGCAGCCACCCUGGGCUCUCCAGAUUGGAAGGCCGACCAGCAUCAGGUGUCCCAACCUUUUUGGUGUUGGCAGUCACUGGCUUGUCUACUGACAGCGCUGUGACAUUUAGUCAUGUGACUCUGCUGGGAGCCAAUGGGGAGAGCCUUGAGAGAGUGACGCUCAAUGCCACAGACACUGGAGGAGAGUUCAUUGGUGAGGUCGCAACAUUACCCAGCCAACCCUUCUCUGUGAAAAUGACAGGAAAUGACAACGAGGGUAACAUCAUAGAGCGGGCAUCUGCAGAACUGAACCAUGUGGCACAAGUACUGAUCCAAGUCCCCACAGCUCCUACCCUGUAUCCUGGGAAAAGUGCCCACCUCUGGGUAAACAUCUCAAAUUCUGGAGCCACCAGGGAGUUUGUCGUCAUGGUUACAGACGAUAGGAAGUUUGUGAAAUCAUGGACCCCUGACCGGCUAUCUGUGGCUCGAAACCGGACAUCCCAAGUGCAGAUAGACCUGACUACUCCAGUCGGAGCAGAGCUGGGUAGCGUGGUCAGUGUGUGCGUGACUGUCGAGGCUGCGGACAGGAGUGACCUCAACUUUGCUGUUCUGCACCUAAGUGUAGCAGAUCCGAAUCCUGACCUGCUUCCCCCCUCCUGUAUUCAGUCUGUAGUAAGAGACUCCUGCCCCUCUCUCUCACAAAAAUCCUGCAGUCAAGCCUCCUGGUCCACCAAUCUCCUCUUCAGCGACCAGGGGCACUCUGGGAUAGCAGGCAUGCAGCUUCAGCAGGGCCAGGGUUUGCUCAACCUCACCGGGGAUCCUGGGAAACAAGGGGUGCAACUCCGGAAAGGUCAAGGCAGACUGAACCUAACAGGACUGGACAUGGGGGCUGAAGUAGUCGGCACCUACACCUCAAACUGCUGUUCCCUGAAGGCAGAGCUCUUCUUGUGGGAUACAGCAGGCAAUCAGGGCCUCUGCAGUAUCUUAGUUCACCAGCAGAGGGCAUCAGGGUAUAUACACACAGCUUCCAGGAUUCAAACUCUGUUUACCAUGCUCCUGUUUCAUAUUGGAGGGCUACUGCUUCAGCUAGUGACCUGAUGGGGUCUAUUUUAUCUAAGCAGUGGACUGAAAUACUGCAGUCUUUACCUCUUUGUUAAUCUUGCUCUGUUUCCCCACCCCCGAGGUUAUUAAUCAUCAUUGUAAGGGCAACUUAUUUGUUUAAUUCUGCAGUAUAUUUUUUUUCUGUAAAGGAAAACUAGAAAAAAAGAAAAAUGAAAAUUGCUUAUGAACAUGUUUUAUACACAUUGAUAUGUAAAGUUUAUGUUUGAAAUGGUUUCCCUUGUGCAAUUAUCACGCUGUGCAACUUAGUCACCCAAACGCCAUGCCUGCCAUGAAUAUAUUGGACUUAAGGUAAUAGUUACUUACUAAGUACAUUGUAAUUAUGUGUAAGUACACAUAUAUUUACUAUGUAACUACUAUGUAAAUACACAGUGAUUAGAGACUUUUCAUGUAAAGUAUUACCCAAAACUGGAUAUUGAAACUUAGGGAACCUGAAUAUUUUUGAUACCUCUCUGUAUAUAAUAAUAAUAAUAAUAAUAAUAAUAAUAAUAAUAAUAAUAAUAAUAAUAAUAAUAAUAAUAAUAAUAAUAAUAAUAAUAGAUUCAAGAGAUUUCAUGAGCUGCAUAAUUAAAAAUUAAGCAAGCUUGAACCCAAGGCACUAGCAUUUGUCAUUAAAUAACAUAUAUUUCCUUUCUAAUGGGAAUGGAGAAUGGUUAUUGCUCAAUGAAUGAAUCAAGCCCUGUGCCACUAAACUCAAAGCACAGGCGAGGAAGAAAUAAAGCAAAAGAACAAUACACAUCUCCAGUAGAAAGUCUCCAAAAUACAUUUAUAACACACAUUCAAAAUCAAAUUUAAAUGAAGCAAUCGCAGUAAUGGAUGUGUCAAUAUGCCAAUGCAUGUGUUGCUGUAUACAGAAGUCACCCUGUGCAUAGAACAGCACCACAUACUGUGCAUUAAAUGUUAAAAGAUUUGUGUAUGAUUUAUAAUAAGAUAAUACAUUGUCUAUACAGUGUGACACUGUACACAUAAUGUAUUCACUUAAUGUAAAAGAAAGUUACCCAAGAAAGGUAAACACCAGUAUUCUUACCUUUUCCAAAAGAUAAUCAAGGCAGUUAAAAUGGGAAACCAAUAGAGUGUGUGUGUGUGUGUGUAUAUAUUUACAUUUAUUGUUGAAGAAAUUCCCAUAGAUUGAAUGGCAGACUCUCUCACAAUUGUUAUAAACACACUUUAUAUUGCAAUGUAUGUUUAGUUAAUAGUAAGGAUCUUACGGUGUGUACCAUCUCAAAUAUGAGCACAGACCCUUCUUAAUUAUCACUGGCACAGCACUUAGAAGUUUGAGCUAAUAUCAUGGCAUGCUGCCCACAGCCAAUGCAUACUCGUGAAGGCAAUGAAUCUCACAUCACAAUCAGCCAGUUUCUUUAUAUCCCUUACAGCUCACAACUGUACUAAAUAAUCACACCCCUAAAACAGCUUUUCACUCUUCUUUUUGAUAAAUCAAUUUUUAAAAUCAACAUUUAUUUUUGAGAGACUUUACCAUGUCUUUUUCAACAUUGUGAUUUAAAUGAACUAAUUGAUAUUAAAGAACCCUAUUGUAUACCCAAAGCCAUUUGCCCCUCCCCAAUGUCUGAGAAGCAUGUUUCCUUGAACAAUGGGUAUAGUUUUAUAAUGCUGUCAUGCCAGCAUGGUCCUGUAUACAGCACAGUGAGAAUCUACACAAUUUACAUAGAAAUAAUUCACCACAGAAACAGACAGAACUGACCCAGAAGCAGU